AUGACUACAAAUUUAUCUGUUGAUCAAAUUAAUCGAUUGUUGGAUAGAGCCAAUGAAAAAGAUGAAAAUAUACAUAUUAGUCGAUCAAUUGGAUCUACAAUUGAAUUUCUUGAUGUUUUAGUAAAUAAUAAUCAUGGACAAUUACAUACUUCAGUAUAUCAUAAACCAGCAGCAGAACCAUAUAUUGUUCCAUUUUUAUCAGAUCAUCCACGUUAUAUUCAUCGUAAUACAAUUAAAGGUGCUCUUUUUCGAGCAGUUCGUCUAUGUUCAAACGUAGAAGAUUUUGACAAUGAACGAUUAAAUAUUGAACUUAUGUUAUUAUUGAAUGGUUAUCCACCAAAAUUUGUUUCCUAUCAUUUUAAAAAAUUCUUUGAACAACAUAACAUGAUGUCAUUGAUGAACGAAUUGAAUGAUGAUAUCUAUCGAGAGUUACAUCGUAAAUUAAUUAUUCAACCAACAUAUCGAGAAAGAGAAAGAGAAAGAGAACGACAAGUUUAUAAUAAAAAAGAGAUUCGUGUUCUUUUUACUUUCGAAAGUGGUCCGAAGUUACAAUUAAAGCGUGAACUUUAUCGUUUAUGGAAGAAAUAUUAUAUCUACGAAGGAUCAUUAGUCAAUGAUGUUAAACUAAAGUUUAGUACCAAAAGCAACAAAUCUCUCAAUCAACUACUAGUUAAAAAGAAACCACCACGAUCCAUGUUAGUUACUAAUCAUACAACAACAUCUACAUAA